AUGUCGAAAGCAGUCGGUAUUGACUUAGGUACUACGUACUCGUGCGUGGCGCACUUUGCCAAUGAUCGUGUGGAAAUCAUCGCCAACGACCAGGGUAACAGAACGACACCCUCGUAUGUGGCGUUUACGGACACAGAGCGGUUGAUCGGCGAUGCCGCCAAGAACCAGGCGGCGAUCAACCCAUCCAACACAGUGUUCGACGCGAAGCGGUUGAUCGGGCGCAAGCACGACGACCCAGAGGUGGCCAACGAUGCCAAGCACUUUCCAUUCAAGAUAGUGAACAAGGAGGGUAAGCCUAACAUCCAGGUGGAGUUCAAGGGCGAGACCAAGACGUUCACGCCAGAGGAGAUCUCGUCGAUGGUCUUGGGAAAGAUGAAGGAGACUGCAGAGCAGUUCCUCGGAUGUAAGGUCAACGACGCAGUGGUCACUGUGCCCGCUUACUUCAACGAUUCUCAGAGACAGGCGACCAAGGAUGCAGGUACCAUCGCAGGCUUGAAUGUGUUGAGAAUUAUCAACGAGCCUACCGCGGCAGCAAUUGCCUACGGUCUAGACAAGAAGGGCAAGUCGGAGCACAACGUGUUGAUUUUUGACUUGGGUGGCGGUACCUUCGAUGUGUCUUUGUUGUCGAUCGACGACGGUAUUUUCGAGGUGAAGGCCACGGCCGGUGACACACACUUAGGUGGUGAGGACUUCGACAACAGAUUGGUCAACCACUUGGCUCAGGAGUUUAAGCGGAAGAACAAGAAGGAUCUAAGUACCAACCAGCGUUCCUUGAGGAGACUCAGGACUGCUGCCGAGAGAGCCAAGAGGGCCUUGUCCUCCUCUUCGCAGACUUCUAUCGAGAUCGACUCUCUAUUUGAGGGUGUGGACUUCUACACCUCCAUCACCAGAGCUAGAUUUGAGGAGUUGUGUUCGGACUUGUUCCGCUCGACACUAGACCCUGUGGAGAAGGUUUUGAGAGACUCGAAGCUAGACAAGUCUCAAAUCGACGAGAUUGUUCUAGUCGGUGGAUCUACAAGAAUUCCAAAGAUCCAGAAGCUUGUAUCGGACUUCUUUAACGGCAAGGAGCCAAACAGAUCCAUCAACCCAGAUGAGGCUGUCGCAUAUGGUGCUGCUGUCCAGGCUGCAAUUUUGACCGGCGACACCUCUUCCAAGACUCAGGACUUGUUGUUGUUAGAUGUCGCCCCUCUAUCCUUGGGUAUUGAGACUGCCGGUGGUAUCAUGACCAAGUUGAUCCCAAGAAACUCGACAAUCCCAACCAAGAAGUCCGAGAUCUUCUCUACCUACGCCGACAACCAGCCAGGUGUCUUGAUUCAAGUUUUUGAAGGUGAGAGAACUAGAACCAAGGACAACAACUUAUUGGGUAAGUUUGAGUUGACUGGCAUUCCGCCAGCACCAAGAGGUGUUCCACAGAUUGAGGUUACCUUCGAUAUCGACGCUAACGGUAUCUUGAACGUGUCUGCUGUCGAGAAGGGUACCGGUAAGUCUAACAAGAUCACCAUCACGAACGACAAGGGUAGGUUGUCUAAGGAGGACAUCGAAAGAAUGGUCUCCGAGGCUGAGAAGUUCAAGGAGGAAGAUGAACGUGAGGCUGAGAGAGUUCAGGCCAAGAACGGCUUGGAAGCUUACGCCUUCAACUUGAAGAACACUAUCGAGGAGUCUGGUUUCAAGGACAAGGUCGGUGAAGAUGACUACAAGAAGUUGCAAACCGCAGCGCAAGAUACCAUUAGCUGGUUGGACUCCUCCCAGGCAGCAUCGACCGAGGAAUACAAGGACAAGCAGAAGGAGCUCGAGGAUGUUGCCAACCCAAUUAUGACCAAGUUCUAUAGUGCUGGCGGUGCUCCUCCAGGAGGAGCUCCUGCUGGCGGCUUCCCAGGCGCUGGCGGUCCUGGCGGCCCUGCUCCAGGCGCUGGCGGUGACUCCGGCCCAACUGUCGAGGAGGUUGAUUAA